CCCGUGCGAGUGUCUCCCUCUCCCUUUCGCUCUCUCCCUCUCUCUCUCUCUUUUGUGAGUUAUAGCAACCGUUGCCUUGUGAAUCAAGCGCCAUAGUCACCGUAGUCCUGGCGACUGUUACCCAUCAACAACAACUACUCCUCUCCUCCUCCUCCUCCUCUUCCUCCUCCUCCUCCCCACCACCACCAUCUCCAUCACCCACCAACAACACCACAAUAAUCCACAGCCAAGAGACCAUCAUGCAGACAUCAGAGACUGGGUCGGACACAGGUUCGACAGUGACUUUACAGACAUCUGUGGCUAGUCAAGCAGCAGUGCCUACACAGGUGGUACAGCAAGUACCAGUACAGCAACAGGUACAGCAGGUACAGACUGUGCAACAGGUACAGCAUGUCUACCCAGCUCAGGUGCAGUAUGUGGAAGGAAGCGAUACUGUCUAUACCAAUGGAGCAAUCCGAACAACAACUUAUCCUUACACAGAAACGCAGAUGUACAGCCAAAACACUGGAGGGAAUUACUUUGAUACGCAAGGGAGUUCUGCACAGGUGACUACCGUGGUCUCAUCCCACAGUAUGGUGGGCACUGGUGGGAUUCAGAUGGGCGUCACGGGAGGACAACUCAUCAGCAGCUCCGGGGGAACCUAUCUGAUCGGCAAUUCAAUGGAGAAUUCUGGUCACUCCGUGACGCAUACCACUCGGGCCUCCCCAGCGACAAUUGAAAUGGCGAUUGAGACGCUGCAAAAGUCUGACGGUCUGUCCACUCACAGAAGCUCUCUUCUCAACAGCCAUCUCCAGUGGCUGUUGGACAAUUACGAGACAGCAGAAGGAGUGAGCCUUCCCAGAAGCACUCUAUACAACCACUACCUGCGACACUGUCAGGAACACAAACUGGACCCAGUCAAUGCUGCUUCUUUUGGAAAAUUAAUAAGGUCCAUUUUUAUGGGACUACGAACCAGGAGAUUGGGAACUAGAGGAAACUCCAAGUACCAUUACUAUGGGAUUCGUGUCAAGCCAGAUUCCCCUCUCAAUCGUCUGCAAGAAGAUAUGCAGUAUAUGGCUAUGAGGCAACAACCCAUGCAACAGAAACAAAGGUACAAGCCUAUGCAGAAAGUGGAUGGGGUUGCAGAUGGUUUCACAGGAAGUGGUCAACAGACAGGCACAUCUGUUGAGCAAACUGUAAUUGCCCAAAGUCAACAUCAUCAACAGUUUUUAGAUGCAUCUCGAGCACUCCCAGAGUUUGGAGAAGUUGAAAUCUCUUCUCUGCCAGAUGGUACUACCUUUGAGGAUAUCAAGUCACUGCAGAGUCUUUAUCGAGAGCACUGUGAGGCAAUAUUGGACGUUGUUGUGAAUCUUCAGUUUAGCCUGAUAGAAAAAUUGUGGCAAACAUUCUGGCGCUAUUCUCCCUCUACUCCAACUGACGGCACUACCAUUACUGAAUCAAGCAAUCUGAGUGAAAUAGAAAGUCGACUUCCGAAAGCAAAGCUGAUAACUCUGUGCAAACAUGAGUCUAUCCUGAAAUGGAUGUGUAACUGUGACCAUGGGAUGUACCAGGCUUUGGUGGAGAUUCUCAUCCCCGACGUCCUUAGACCUAUUCCUAGUGCCUUGACCCAAGCCAUUCGAAAUUUUGCAAAAAGCCUUGAAGGUUGGCUUUCCAAUGCCAUGAACAAUAUUCCACAGAGAAUGAUACAAACCAAGGUUGCCGCUGUAAGUGCCUUUGCCCAGACUCUGCGAAGAUACACGUCGCUCAAUCACCUGGCCCAGGCAGCUCGUGCAGUGCUUCAGAACACGUCUCAGAUUAACCAGAUGCUCAAUGACCUCAACCGUGUCGACUUUGCCAAUGUCCAGGAGCAGGCUUCCUGGGUGUGCCAAUGUGAUGACAACAUGGUUCAGAGACUAGAAACAGACUUCAAGAUGACUCUCCAGCAGCAGAGCACCCUGGAGCAGUGGGCCGCAUGGCUGGACAACGUGAUGAUGCAAGCCCUGAAACCCUACGAAGGGAGGCCCAGUUUUCCAAAAGCUGCCAGGCAGUUUCUGCUAAAAUGGUCUUUCUACAGCUCAAUGGUUAUUCGAGACUUAACCUUACGCAGUGCUGCUAGCUUUGGCUCCUUCCACCUGAUCCGUCUACUCUACGACGAGUAUAUGUUCUACUUAGUAGAACAUCGUGUUGCUCAGGCAACAGGAGAAACACCCAUAGCAGUCAUGGGCGAGACAUACCUUGUAGAUGAAAAAAAUACUUCUCUCAUGGAACUCUUUAUAAGCAAACUUCCGAAUUUUGGCGAUUUAAAUGCUGUGUCUCCUGGAAAUCUGGAUAAAGAUGAAGGCAGUGAAGUGGAAAGUGAAAUGGAUGAAGAACUAGAUGACUCUUCAGAACCUCAAGCCAAGCGAGAGAAAACGGAGCUGACCCCGGCGUUCCCGGUGGGUUGUCUGCAGCCUGUUCUCGAGAGCAGCGUGCAGCCCAGCCUCCUGAAUCCCAUCCACAGCGAGCACAUCGUCACAAGUACUCAGACUAUCAGACAGUGCAGCGCGACAGGCAACACUUACACUGCGGUCUAAAGAAUAUUAAAGCGUAUUUUUCCAGCUAACAUUAACCCUGUUGAUAUCGGGCUUAAGUUGAGAAAGUAAUAAGCCUGAAGGUCGACUGUUGUCAAAUUCUAUCUGUGCUGAACAUUACCUUUUUGGAGUUGUGAAAUGGAAUGGGUGUAUGUAUUUUGCCAGGUCUUUUUUUUUUUUUUUAAACGUAAACAAAUUAUUUGCCUCUUAAUAAUAAGAGGGUUUUUUCCUUAGUUUUGGGUGUCAAGAAGGAUUUUUACAACACUUAAUAUUUUUUUUCUUAUAAUUAAAAGUAAUUUACAUUUUUGUAGCUGAAAAUAUUUUAUUGUUGAUUGUUAGUCUUGGUGUAUGAUUUCAUGUGUGAGUUUUUAAUUAGAUGCACUUCUGUGAAAUAUCAAAAGAAAUGCAUUUUUCAUUUACACUGGAGGCAUGCCCAUUUGGCAGCAGAUGCAUCAGAUUUGCUUUUGAAAGGUGCUUUUCAUUGGGCCGAACCACAAGACACUAUUUUGAUAGCGUUUUGGAGUAUGGAGAAAGAAUACAGAGCAUUUUUUUGAUAGUGCUAGAGGGUUGGGAAGGUCAUCUGUAUUUCUCUGAAGAAAAAUUGAGCUGUGCAUUUAUCAGUUCAGAGUAAAUGACAGAAUUGCCAGAGAUUAUGCUAAUAUGUACAUAAUUUGUGUACAUAAUGAUUAAAUCAUGUUAAUGCAAGCUUCCGUUAAACAUUGAAUUUUAACUGUUAUUUGCAUACCAAUUCCUCUGUUUAAUGACUACUGAUUCUGUAUUUGGGACCACUGCACAGAUGCGUUCUGCUGUUGAGUGGGGCUGUUAUAGUUAGAGACUGAAGCUGAAAAUGACUUGACUUUUUUUUUUUAAGUGUACAUGCUACUUAUGCUGAGCUGGACAUACAGGAAACCAUUCCAUUUGGAUGACUUUCUUUUAUUCCAGGUCUUUUUCCUAAUAGUAGUUCAAUAUGCUGCUAUUAUAAGAGAAAAUUUAUAGAAUGCAAGGAAUGUAGCAACCUGCAUAUCGUUCUUUCGUUCAAAAAUAUUUCCUGGUUUCUAAAGUAUGUGGAUUUAAAUUUUAAACAGAACCUGAAGGCAGUGUAACUGGCACGCCAUACUGUUGCUUAUCUCCGAUUCUGUAGGAUUUGGGUAGGUGGCUUGAUGGACCAGUGCCGCUGAAGAAUGUACAUCAGGGAUCAUCGUACCUCGGCUAUAACAUGGUGCCUUAAAACAGAACUGAAGCUAAGGUUUGGUAAGGCUUAUUUUGUUCCUGCAAAUUCCUCUUCAGUCCAUUUGACAAGCUGUGCCUGUCAUUGUCAGAUUCCCGAAGUAAGGACAGGUUACAUGUUCUUCAAAGGAAAUUUAGGGCAAACAAAGCAAAACAAAAAGACGAAAAAAUCAGUUUCCCUCUUUGAGUGACCACGAACCUAUUUUUUGUUCUUAGAGCUGAAUAAUACUUGAUUAUAAGUUAGAUUGCUUAAGGGUAUGGAGUAGCAGGCUAGUUUUAAUCACCAACUUGUUACAUAAAACAUAUAUAUGUUAGACCAUUCUUAUCUAGUUAUAAUUUAAGAAAGUUAAAAUAAGUAGGUACUUAUCGAAGUGCAUCUUUUCAGUCUCCGUGUUUGUCUGUGUGUCUUGGUGUCUGUGUCCACAUGCACACACGAGUGCCCACGGGCGGAGUCAGCUACCACAGCAGAAGGUGAGAUCCAGGAGUGGAUACACCAUCCCCAUGUUAAUUUACAUGAAGAGCCAACGUUCUUUUGAGCACUCAAAUUAUUAACACAAAAAAAAAACAGGCACAUCUAUUCAUUUAAUUCGUUCUUAAAAAGCUAAUAAGCAAAAAUAAGUACAUAAAGCCAAAAAAAAAGGGAAAGCACAAAAUUAUUUACAGAUUAUUAAUGAGACCUAUAUGAAAUUCAAGAUGUUUAUCUUUCCAGUUUUAUUGGGGUGAGGGUGGGGGGUGGAAAGAAGAGGGUGAGCCAGUCUGUAAAGUUAAAACUACCAAAUGGCUUAUUGGGUAAUACGCAGUCUAUUUCAACUGUUGUUGCUCAAUUGCCUUAGACUACUCAGAUAACUGAGGUCAACAGGUUUCUUCAGUAAACAUUAAAUGCAUUAGAUGUAAUUUUUUUAAUUGAUUCAAAUUUUGUAUUAUACAGCUCAUACUAGUAUAUUCAAAAGUCUUUUGCUGGCUUAUCGCCUUUAUCUAAAUAUCAUUUAAAUUAUCACCUCCCUUUUCCUCCCAAAAGGCAAUGAAUUUGUACCAUC